AUGUUGAAGCCUUCAGUCUCCUUUAUGGAGAAAGCGAAGCCCCUUAGGAGGAAGGUGGCGGAUAAAGUCGAGUGGGUAAAAGCUCAUGCACCAGAGCUUGUCAAGUCGCGAGCCUUUCGAAAGACAACGACUAUUCUUGCUGCUUUUACUUUGGCCGUCUUGUUAAUCGUUCUUACGGGAAAGUACACCAACGCAGGGUGGUUCAUACCAAAGGUUAUCCAAAAAAUUGGACGGUAUCCGACGUGUCAGAGUAAAGGGAUCAAUGGAACACAAGAAAUCUGGGAUGUGUCGAGGCACAAAUACGAAAACCUGCUGGAUGACAAAUUCACCAUCGCCAUGCAGACAUAUCAGCGACCAAAGGAACUCGAAGAGACCCUCAACAUCAUCCUGAGCGAGGAGAUUCCUUCACUUCUCGAGAUAGUCAUCGUCUGGAAUGAUCUCGAAAACCACCCUCCACCGGACUUCGUUUCCAAGUACGGCGUCCCCGUUCGAUACCGAAAGUCGAAGCGCAACAGCCUCAACGAAAAGCUUUGGCCCGAUCCCGAGUACAAGACACAGGCGAUUCUGCUCUCAGAUGAUGAUGUGUACUACCGACCCAAUGAUCUCGAGUUCGUCUUUCAAACAUGGCGCAAGUUCGGUAAGAAUCGAAUGGUUGGCGCUCUCGCUCGAUGUACACCCGUGGAUACGUUCGGAUACCACCACUAUACCUUCUGCUCGAGUAAGAAGGGCCAAGACGAUUAUAAUAUGGUUCUGACGAAUCUUGCCUUUUCGCAUAUCUCGUUCCUCGACUAUUAUUCGUCCAACGAUACCAUCAUGAUGCAGAUCAGGGAUUACGUCGAUGAAGGCUUCAACUGCGAGGAUCUUGCGUUGAACUAUGUCCACGGACUGCUCACAGGCGAAGGACCUCUUCUUAUCAGUGGGCAUGAAAAGUAUUACAACUUUGUCCCUCGGGUGGGAAUUAGCAUGAAGAAGGGCCACAUCGAGGCGCGAAGUGCUUGUCUCAAUCACUUUUCCAAGAUGUUUGGAUGUCACCCCUUGGUUGACGAAACAGGAUACAUCCAGCGUGGUGUUUUAGUGAUUAAUGUCAUUACCAUAUAUAUGAGGAGGAUAUCACAAGCUAAACUAAACCAAUUCUAUUUGCCAACUUCUCUGUCAAUCACCAUGAAUCAAGGCGAGCAGACAGGAGUCAUCAUCUCCACGACCGUCGUGGCCCUCCUCACAGGCUACGCUUUCGGUAUCUAUACCAUCCGUGGCUACCUCAUCUCGCCUUCCCUAGUCGAAGAGCGUCGGCGCGCCCUGCACGAUCCUGUCGAGAGCGACGAGAGCGACGUUGACGAAGACGAUACUGUGCUCGACCAUGCACCUAACUGGGCCAAUGGCGCCGACGCCGAUCGCAAGCAGGGCUUGAAGGCUGAAGAUGAGAAGAAGGAGCCUGUUGUUAAGGAUAACGGCGAGGAGUGCAAGCUUGUUCUUGUCGUGCGAACAGAUCUCGGCAUGACAAAGGGCAAAAUCGCUGCUCAAUGCUCCCACGCAACCCUCGCAUGCUACAAGUCCCUCGUCCGCGCCCCCGCCAACUCUCCCCAAGCCCAGAUCCUCAAGCGAUGGGAGCGUCUCGGCCAAGCCAAGAUCGCUGUGCAAGUCAAGAGCCAAGACGAGAUCCUCGAGCUCCGACGCAAGGCACGAUCUCUGGGUCUCACCGCCGAGGUGAUUCAGGAUGCUGGCCGAACACAAAUCGAGGCUGGUAGCAUGACGGUGCUGGGCGUUGGACCUGCUCCUCGCAGCCUUGUUGACCAGGUCACUGGUGGACUCAAACUGCUCUAAAUAACGAAACGAAUAAAGUCGUCAGAUAUUUGGAGGUGUACACAUACGAAGACAUGCACGGUAUUACGAAAUUUGGGACUGGAUUCAUAAAAGUACUACGAUUAUAGACAUUCAAGCGAAGCUCUGAUAGAUUUUAAAACGGCACUUU